UGUAUUGCAAUAAAAAUUCCCCUUUUUGACCUAUAACUUAAGAACUCUGACUAAUUUUUUCAUUUUAUUUCUUCAACAAUCAUUUGGUUUCUACUAGUUGAAAAAUUAAAAAUAAUUAAAUAAAAUGGAUAAACAAAGAUUUUCACUUCUUUUAUUAGAUCCAAAUGAAAUCUAUUUUGAAGAUUUCUCUGUCGAUCUUUUGCCGCAAAUCAAAUCCACCAAAAUCAAUGAUGCAAUAAUUAACAACGACGAUUCAAAUCCGAUCCAAGGCCGCUUAAAAAUGUGUUCGAAAUCGCUUCUAUUUGAACCAAAGAAAAAGCAAAUUCCUUUGAUUAAAAUGUACUACAGCAAGUGCUCGACAAUAGCUACAGACAAUGAAAAUAAUCAACAGAAUUUAUUAAAUAUAAGGUGCAGUCAGUACGUUGAACUUUUAGAAAACAAUGUUAUAGCUCCUUACAAAUUUGUUAACUGCGAAAGGUCAUUUCGCUUUGUUUUUCAUUAUGUUAAAGUGGACGACGAUGUGAUUCCUCUUUUGCAACAGCUACAAAGAGCAUCUAGCCUUCCUAACCUGGAGCAAAGUAGUAUGAUAGCUGCUAUUGUUUAUUCCUUACAAAAACGAAUCAAGUUCGAUCCACUAUGGUUGAACAGUAUUUAUGAAAAGAUUGUCGUUGAGUACAAUGUCAAUGAAGUUAACCCGCUCGUCUUGAAUCCUGCUCGAAUUUUACUCACCAAUUCAUUUAUCUACCUGCAGCAUUACAAUAAUAUACAAUCUGAACCUGUGAUAAAAAUUAAACUGGAUAGUGUUACAAGUUUUACUAAACGACGAUUCUUAUUGAGGCACAUAGGAUUAGAAAUUUAUUGGAAUCACAAUCAACAUUUAUAUGUUUCAUUUAAAAAUGUUAUAGAUCGAAAUAAUUUUAUAUCAUUGGUUGAAGAACAAUCUGAUUUUAAACCACCAAAUAUUGAACAACAUAGUAUGACACUUAAAUGGCAAAACCGUCUAAUAUCGAAUUAUCAAUAUUUACUAUAUUUAAAUGGCUUGGCAGAUAGAUCAUUUAAAGACUUGACCCAAUAUCCAGUUUUUCCUUGGGUAAUAACUGACUAUACAUCAGAAACGCUUAAUCUCAAUGAUGAAAGUAUUUAUCGUGAUUUAAAAAAACCUAUAGGGGCUCUAAAUGCUGAACGUUUGAAACGUCUAAAAGAAAGAUACGAAGAGAUGGAUGAACCAAAAUAUUUAUAUGGAUCUCAUUAUUCAACUCCAGGGUUUAUCCUUUUUUACUUGGUUCGAAAAUAUCCGCAUUUAAUGUUAUGCCUACAAAAUGGUAGAUUUGAUCAUCCCGAUAGAAUGUUCAAUAGCGUCCAAGAUAGUUUUAACAAUUGUAUAACUAAUAUGGCUGACUUUAAGGAACUAAUACCAGAAUUUUAUGAUACAUCACAAGGUGGAGACUUUCUCUUGAAUUCAUACAAAAUUAAUUUUGGACAAAGAUUUACAGGAGCUUCUGUUAAUCAUGUACAAUUGCCGCCAUGGGCGAAAAAUUCACCAUCACAAUUUAUUUCAAAAUUGAGAGAAGCAUUAGAGUCUGAAUAUGUUUCAGAGAACUUACAUCACUGGAUUGAUCUAAUUUUUGGCUAUUGUCAGAAAGGAUCUGAAGCCGUUUCAGCAGACAAUGUAUUCUACCACUUAAGCUAUGAAGGUUCUGUUGAUCUUGAUUCUGUUAAUGAUCCUGUACGUCGUCAUGCCCUUGAAAUACAAAUAUCAGAAUUUGGACAAAUUCCAACUCAGUUAUUUGAUAAACCUCAUGUAUCAAGGAAUUCUAAAAUCAAGGAAAAAACUGAUGAAAGUCCAGAAAAGGAGAGUCAACCUCAUUUGGAACUAAAAUAUUCAUAUUCAGGUCACAAGGAAUCUAUAACAUCAAUUCUAGUUGAUGACGAUACAGUCGUUUCAACUGGAAAGGAUGGUCUUCUUAAAUGCUAUUCGCUUAAAGAUAAAAGGCAAACAAGGAGUAUUUCGUUUGGAAAACUUCCAAUUAGUUCCUGUGUUAAGAUGACCGAUUCAAAUUCUUUGGUUGUUGGAUCUUGGGAUAACAACAUAAAUUUAUAUAAAUGUGAUUACGGAAAAGUGUCUGAUGUGAUACCAGCUCAUGAAGAUUCGGUAUCUUGCCUUAGUCUCGAUCAAGAUUUGGGAAUCCUUGCCUCUGGAAGUUGGGAUUGCAGUGUCAAAGUUUGGAAAGGCUUUAAGGAUCUCAAUGGAAAAAUGUAUAGACUUUCGAACUCAAUGUUAGCUCAAUAUGAAUUUGACUGCGAUGUAAUGGGUCUUUGUACCAAGAAAACCCAUGAUCAAUUUCAAGUGAUUAUUGGAACUAAAAAUGGAGACAUAUGGGUUUGGACAUUCGAUUUAGAUGUUAUCAGCCUUACAGGUCAAACUGAUCCGAUCUUAUUUCAAAAACAUCACGACACAGUGUUUAGUAUUUGUUUGAAUAAAAAUCAUUCAAAACUUGCAUCUUGCAGUGCAGAUGGUGUAAUACAUGUUACAGACAUGAAAACUGGAAUGAAUCUUUUUAAGAAAAAACUCGACUCAACACCAAUAUCAUUGAGUUGGAAUGAAAAUGAUUAUUUGAUAAAUGUUAAUGAUGAUGGAUUUAUUUAUAUAUGGGAUUUAGUACAAGUUAAAUUGUAUUUAUAUGAACAAAUAUUUAAAGGUCCAAUUUCAAUUGUUACAUCAGCACACUUCAAAAAUGAUGAACUUAUAAUAACAGCAGGGAAAGAUUUGAAUGAAUAUAAAAUUAAAUGUUGGGUGAUAUCUACUACAUAGUGAAAUAUUAUUUUUGUUGUAUU